GCUACUGAAUUACAAUAUCCAGUAGUAUUUUUAUUUUUUUAUCAAUUCAGACAAAUAUUGCUUUCUUUUGCCACCAGGCCCCGAGUUUCGAUUGGCUGAGAUGAGUCAUGUGACCAGGAAUUGGCUGCAAUUUCUCCCAUAGUCUUCAGUUUAGUAGACCCUGGUCCCCAUACGCUAGUAAUAUCACCAAUAUACACAAUUAUUAAAGCCCGCAAAUGCCGUCAUAGCAGGAACGCAAAAUAAAUCCUAUUUUUUUGGAUGUUAUUUUUUGCGUAUGUUGGUGUCGCUGGACGCCCUUUUUGCCCAGGCGAAGCGAUGAAUUUUGAAUUUGAGAGGGAGAUUGGGUUCAUCAACAGCCAGCCUUCCCUUGCAGAGUGCCUGACGUCUUUCCCCGCUGUCCUGGAGUCAUUUCAAACUUCAUCAAUCAAGGACUCGACAGCAAUUCCACCUCCUUUCGAGCACACCAUCCCUAGUCUGAGUCCCUGCACAGGCAACCAGGCGCGACCGAGGAGCCAAAAGCGAACAUCCUCCAAUGGCCUCCAGCUCCGGACACAAACAACACCGCCGACGCAGCACCAGCAAGGCCCGGUGCCGCUGUCGGGCUGCGCGCCCCUGGCUCACGAGUUCCCAUGGAUGAAAGAGAAAAAAUCUUCGAAGAAGUGCCCCAAGCCCGGAGCCACUGCUGCUGCUGCUGCUGCUGCAGUAGCAGCCUCCCCAUCUCAGGCAUCCUCCGGAUACACAAUCGCUGGACUGGAGUCCCCGACAGAGGCUCAAGGUGGACUGGAUAACGGCAGCGGCUCACGGAGGCUGAGGACCGCAUACACCAACACGCAGCUACUUGAACUGGAGAAGGAGUUUCACUUUAACAAAUACCUCUGUCGGCCCCGGCGCGUUGAAAUAGCAGCACUUUUGGAUCUAACCGAGCGCCAGGUCAAAGUGUGGUUUCAGAAUCGACGCAUGAAACACAAAAGGCAAACUACGCACCACCGGGACGGGCAAGAGGGCGAGCCCGGCGGUUUCGAGCUCCUGGAGGGAGCCGACGAUGCUUCACCGUAUUCGAGCCAAUCACUGGAAGUAUCUGGCUCUGGUUCAGCAGCAACCUCCGAGAGUGAGACGUGCACGACAACUGCCUCCUACACGAACAGUGCGGACAAAAGCCAGCCCACGCCUGAAGAGGGCCAGGCGAACCAGUCGGAGCCUGCAUCUGUUCCUGACACAGCGGUUCACUCCCCCCCGUAUUCAACGCCUACUGCAGAUAACCCCGGCACAAUGGCUGAGGGCCGAGCGACUGGGCCGGAGCAUGCGUUCACAGAGCCGCAGGAUGCCACCUCUCUACCCGAUUUGAAUUUCUUUUCGACGGACUCCUGCCUACAGAUCUCGGACGCUUUAUCGCCGAGUUUGCAGAGCUCCCUGGACAGUCCCGUUGACUUCUCCGAGGAAGAUUUUGACUUGUUUACGAGCACCCUUUGUACUAUAGAUUUGCAGCAUUUACAGUUCUGAACAAUUAUGACAUCAAAAUGCAUACAAGAACAAUCGAACUCCUUCUUAUUGCAGUGUCACGAAUGCUUUUCGACCGCAACAUUCCUAUAAUAAGACAUUUUAAAAAAGUGAAAAGAGAUCUACCUAAACAGUUUUAAAAAAUGGCAUGAAACAAUGCCUAAAAGGAAAUAAAUUGUCCUUUAUUUUGAAAAUACGAUGAUGUAAUCUUUUUUGAAUACACAUCGGGAUGGCCCCUGUCGAAGUAUCAGGUAUUUUAUUGCCUUUUAAUUCUCGGAUUUUAGUUCAUGUCGACUAACAGAUGAAUGGUUGCGGACUUUUUCAGUGAAACUCAAUCAUUGGAAUCUCAGGAAUUGUGUCAGGCAGAAGUGUAGUUGAACUGCUUUUAAGAAUUCUCCCGAGGCGGGCGUUGUCCCUACUGAAUAAUUUUAGAACUAGUUUAUUUAUUGAGAUUCUUUAAUAGUAAAUUUCAAAUUUAUUUAUUGUACGUUAUUUUCAUAGUUGAAAUAAAAAAUACAAAAUAAAACAUGGUGAA